UAAGCUUCCCUCGUCUGCCUCACUCGAUAUGUCUUGAGCACGAAUGCCGCCCGCCAUUGGGGCAAUUUUAUGCAGACUAUGGACAGGAUUUGUUACCUGCUUGUUAUAGUUUUAUUUUAUUUCCAAAGAUCUGAAAGUUUCUCUCAGUGUUUGCGAGGGUGCAGCUGUAUAGAAGACCGUCAUGGAAGGUCCCUCAUAUGCAUGGAGGAGAACACGUUUGGAGUCACACCAGAGAAUAUUCCCCAUGAUAUGACCAAAAUCAGAAUAGAAAAAUCCCACUUCACUGAAAUCAAGCGCGGGGCUUUCAUCAGAGCGUCCGGCUUGGAGAACCUGUGGUUGAACUUCAACGACAUCACCCUGAUUAACUCGAAGGCUUUGGAAGGUUUAGGCAACCUCACUGAGCUCCGCCUAGAAGGGAACAAGCUGCGCUCCGUACCAUGGACAGCGUUCGAGGACACCCCGAGUCUAAAGAUCCUGGACCUGAAGCACAACCAGCUAGAUGUGCUGCCAGAACAUGCGUUAAAAAAUUUGCCCCAUCUGACUUACUUAGACUUAUCCUUCAAUCGGCUUACGGUCAUAUCCAAGGAGGUCUUCCAAAACUGGCCUCUGUACCAAAAACUGCAGAGCGAGGAGAAGCAAGAGGCAAGCUCUUCCGGGCCGAACGUCGUCUUGGCGCUCCACGACAAUGCCUGGCUAUGCGACUGCCGACUCAAGGGCUUCGUGGAGUUCACCCGCUCCCUCAGCCCCCCGAUUAUCCUGAUGAACUCCUACUUGACCUGCUCCGGUCCGGACUUUAGGGCCGGCAAGUUCUUUCACGAGGUGGAGCUGCAGGCUUGUGUGAAGCCCGUGGUCACCACCUCGUUGGCCAACCUCAGCCUACCGCUGGGCACCAACAUCACGCUGCGCUGCCUCGCCAAAGCUAGGCCAGAACCUGCAGUGUGGUGGACAUAUGGUCUGAAGAUAAUCAGAGGAUUUCAUGAGUCUCAGGAGAGGGUGGAUGAAGACACCAUCAGAUCCCUCUUGGUGAUCCCGUCGGUCCAUCUGGCCGAUCGGGGCGUCUACACGUGCAGUGCUGUCAACUUCAUCGGAAACUCCUCGGCCAACAUCCAGGUGGACAUCCUCUCUCCGGAUGGCGCCCAGUCGGCGCCUCUUCCCCACCUCCCAGCAGAUGACGAGAACAUCUACAUCGACAUCCGCAUCGCCAAACAGACGGUGCGUGGCAUCGCCGUCGAGUGGUUUGCCGUCUUGGACCACCCUGACCAGACGUGGUUCACCGUCCAUUUGGGCCAAGCCAACAGUGACAAGAAGGAGACUAUCUCCAUCGGCCCGGGCAUCCGUUCGUACUCCGUCUCUGACCUGAUGCCCGCCACCAAAUACGAAAUCUGCGUGACGCUCAAGAACCAGACGCCGCGGCCAGGCCAGUGCUUGGUGUUUGUCACGGGAAGCGACAUCACGGAGAUGGAGCAGCGGGAGAAGCUGAUCCACAUCGUGGUGAUCGUACUGGCCAUGGUUCUGGCCGUGCCCAUCGGCAUGUACGCCUGCACCACCGACACCAAGUUCACCUGCCUGGAAAGCCUGAUGGCGUUUUGGAAGAGGCAACGCAGCGAGAGAGGAUCGGCCGGCUUGGAGCGCGAGAGGAACGGCACCUUCGACAGCCUGCAGGCGGCCAGCGACGAGGGCCUGGUCCGGAAAGAGUCCAGUGAGGACAGGAAGGUGAGGCGGAGGUCCGAUGACAGGUCGCUUAAGAACAAGGCCGACCACAGCAGAAUCACUGCAGAACUCUACUAACUUUCUAAGCGUGAUAAGGUGGUGUGAUGCCUUGCUGAUACUCUUUACUCUCUCCUCUGUUCUAGGGCGGGAGAUUUGUUGACACGGUGUGAUUGGUCAAGAUUGUUAUUCAAGGGAUUGCGCCGUAUAGAGAUGUACUUCAUUGUUUCCAAUCCCUUUCUCUCUCUUUCUGAUCUCAUUCACCAUGUUUAUGAUUCUGAUGACUGGAUUGGGCUUGAUAACACAUUAUCUGUUUCUACAGGGAUUACUGCAGUGGUCCAAAUAUUUUGCAAACCGGAAACCAUUCGUUGACGACAAUAGUGGUCGCUGGGGUGGGCGGGUCAUUGAUAUCUCAAGAUACCGUUGUAAAAAAUGUAUCAAUCAGUAUUGCCUCAGACAGUUCUUUAAUAAGCUUCUGCGUGUCAUCAAUCACAUUCUCAUGUAAAUAUGAUUGAACAAGAUGGAUGAAUAAAAUUGUACUGAUUUUAUGUGUGAAAUCUUUCGUUCUCCAUGUCAAGAACGUGCCCGUUUACUGCGCUUUGUAUGAGCUCUAAAGUUUCAUCAGUUGAUCUGUAAUCCGCGCCUGCGUCACUGUACUCUUACAAUACGUCACAGGUUGGAGUCCUGCAAACACGGCAGAGCGGCAGCGGGUUUGCGUCGGACAUGAUCCGUCCUGAGGAAAGCCAGACAGAUGGCACCACGCAUAUGUGGCCCGGCCAUUGUUCAUUUGAGGUUAGAGACCAACAUCCUACUCUCUAAGUUUUACUGCAGAAAUAAAUGAAGUGAAAUCUGUCUUGGAAAAACUCAAAGGUUGGGUAUAUCUCAGGACCGUAUUUGGAACAAACAUAAUGAAACCUGUCCAUAGUUUGUAUGGUCCAUCAUCAGUGCUUUUUGCAACUUCCUACUGUGUAAUCCUCUGUGCGGCAGUAAUCCUGGCUGCCUCUUACAUGGCAUAAUGCACGGUCAUUUGGGAUGUUUGGCGUAUUAUUCCCUGUCCAUUUCUCUUUUAAUAGCCAUUGAAAGUGUGUCACCGUUCCCUCUCAGUUUGAUAACAAAUGUAUUUACGGAGGCUUGGAUUUCAUAUUGUAGUUCUCGUCAAAAUGCGCCAUAAAAUUGAUGACUUCAGCUUGUGAAGCCGAACCGGACGAGGUCAGAUGAACCUUUGGUUUGUCGCCAACGCUGCAAUAUUGCAGAAAGAUGAACAAGUUGGCCCUUGGAUUAGCGAGGGUAAUCUGCACAUUCCGUGUUUUAUGUAAUUUUGAAAAUACGCCGCUGUUGCAUGUUUGGCAAGGCUUUUUCCCCCCCAUAAAAUAUAGUAAGGCAUUUUGUUUGUUUUUAGAAAAAAGGACUAUGCAUAAUAAAUCUUUUUCUUUA